AUGGUUAAUGCCGCACUUGGCGGGACUUGUUUGCUUGGCUACUACCACUGUUCGACCACUUUCACGCCGGCAGCACUUGGUCCUCACACUUGGCUCUUCUCCCCCCUGAUGCUCCUUUUCGUUUUUGCUGCUCUUCUCGUCGUCGGUAAGUCUUAUCGGUCAUUUUGGAAGAAAUAUUAACUUCAGAUUAACUUCCCCGUUCAGUACAUUUAUUAUUGGUCGAAAAAAAUCCUUGGGAAAAUUCCAGAAUCCCCCGUCUGAUCAUAUUUCGACUAGGGGGAGAGGGGGUUGAAUUGAAAGACUUUGUGGUGGGGCUGAAUCAAAUGUGCGAGCUAUAUCUCUUUCUAGAAUCACCCCACACCCCCCCCCCGUGCUAAGUGGGGGACGAUUCUAGAAUGCCUAGGCACUUUCAAGAACCGCCCACUUAACUUUGGAAUAAGAAUUGCAAGCCUUGUCCGGACCAGCCCUCCACAUUCCAGAAUCGCCCCCCACACGAUUCUAGAAUAGCCCCCUCUAAACGAACAUUGCUUUUUAAUCUGUGAUGAGAACCUGAUUCGGCUCAAAAAAAGGUCGUAACUUUUAGAAGCGACGUCGCUGGGGCCAUGCGACUUGUUCGAAGAGGCGACAGCGCUGCACUGCAUCGCGCCCCUCGUUGCCUACGCCGACCUCGCCGCCAACGUCCUCCAUCCUCCGCUGAGCGACGUCGACGACCUCUGUCAACGUUACAACCAAUACCUCGUCUGUACGGCCGGAGUUCGGCCACAGUGCAGGUUUCUCGUUCGGUGUGGAAUCCGCGACAUGGUUUUUCCGCAUGAUGGGGUCCUCAGUAGAUUUGAGGAACAGUCAGUCUUAAUUUCAUCCUCUUGACGCAUAUUUGUUUCCUAGUCGAUAGUGGCCAUCGACAGGCUGUCGUUCCAAACUCGGGCAAAGUCGGAAUGGUGAAUCGCAAAAAACCCCCUAAAAGGGAGAGGUUUAGAAAGAAGCCUUCUGAUAAAACCGAUAAAAAAUAUUUCGAUAAUAUUUCUUCAUUGAAUUUCAGGAAAACUCGCGCCCCAAAUAUCGAAAAAAUGUACGAAAUGCUCUGCGAGGACAAAUACCUGAGCAUUGUCCGCGAGGAAAAAGAAUGCCUUCUCCAACUUGAGCGGUUUUUCAGACUUUCCUAUAGUUCUUAGAUAAUCUUUCAGGGAUAUAACUCUGAAAGAAUGCUUUGUGAACAAGACGAACACCUUAAGAGAUGAAACUCCCGAUACAGGUGUUCCAAGUGAAGGUCAAAAAAGUCAAUCUAUGAGUUGCAGUAAGUCGGUUCACGUCGUUGCCCUCCUACGAAUGCACAGUGAUACAAGCUUACGCCGACUGCCUUCUGGAGCGGGAGACGGAGACGUGCAAAGACGCCGUCAAGGUGCGUCGGCCCUUCUCGCAGCAUCUCCCAGGACGUUCAGAUCGAGCUGUCGUUGCUGUCGUUGCUCGCGUCGCGCGACUCCUCUCUCGACUGCAACCUGCUCACCAACGUCACCAAGUCUCGUCCACCGCCCCUAGAAGAGUGUGACGAGAAAGGAAAUUGCAAAUGCCGACUCGAAGGCUACUACUACGACACCGUCAGCAGGACUUGCAUAGGUUUCCUUGUCGUUUUUCUUACUAUGUGUUAUCGAAAAUUCAGCGGUAUGAAAUGCUUGGUUAUGGAUUCGUAGAGCUUCAGAGUUGAUAGUUUUUUCAAGACCGAAGGUCAAAAAGUUCGGGAAAAAAAACCUGAAUCUCAUCCUAAUGCCAUGUUUGAUGUGACUCCGCGAAAUGGGAAAUAGCCGUCAGAGAAAGAAAAACAUAACUAAAAUUUGGAGAGUCAGAGAGCAUAUUGCACUUCGCGAAAAUUACUUUGAAGUCUGGUUUUUUUUAGGACUAUGACCAGGAAGCUUUUUUUUUUAUCAUUUUGGUCAAGAAAAACUAUAAAUGUUUACUACCGAUCUCCGCUACGGACUCCAAGUGUGCGUGAAAAAAACGGUUAACGUACUUUUAUGGCACUUUUUCAUUUCAAAAACAGUUGAAUAAUUUUUUUAAAAACUCUUGUCGCAUUCAGAGGUCGUAUUAUGAGCUCACUAGUCAGACCAUCCUUUUUUUCUUAUCUGAAUUCGAAACUCCAAUAUCUUGAAAAUUUUCAUGAAUGUCGUUACAAUUUAAAUCUAGAUGUGGACGAGUGCGAGUCCCUUUCUUCUUCGUGCUCUCAGACUUGCGUCAACUUGCCGGGCUUCUUCGAGUGUUCCUGUGAUGGACGAUACUAUCAUCUCGCCGCCGAUAACAAGACCUGUAAUCGAAUCGACAAAGGUAACUACAAAAACAAAGAGAAACUGUUUUUUUUCAAAAUUAGAUCCACUUUGGCUGUUCUUCGCUCAUGGACAAAGUGUGUGGAACAUUUCAACCGACGGGAAAUCUUUCCAGCUUCAGCGCGCGGGACUUCAGAAAACAGCAAUGAUCGACAUCGACGUCAAGGUGAGAUCUUUGAAAAGUCCUGAGACUUCCAUAAAAAAUACUUUUAUCAAUCUUCCGUAGUUCAUUUAAAAAUGAAAUGAGCUUCAGGAAAGACGACUUUAUUAUGCGGAUAUCGGAGCCAACGUGAUCGAAAGGAUGAAUAUCGACGGAACGUUCCCACAGGCCGUACAGCGGUACGAUGUCGACGGACUCGAAGGCAUCGCUGUCGAUUGGGUCGCUCGGAAUCUCUACAGCCUACGGAGGUAGGGCUCAAGUUGCUUCGAGCCUCAAUCGACCUCCUAGAAACGACAUCCUGGUCCAAGGUCUUGACGGCCGAUUCCGGCGAUCCGUCUACAAGGACGUCAUGAAGUUGCCGCGAGCGAUCGCCCUUCAUCCCGCUAUCGGGUAGGUUUUACAGCUUCUGCGAUUGGCAAAAUUCGAAUUUGGAGUUCUGAAAAUGCAUCUAGUUUACCACGCCUCGUUCUUGUGAUAUUGCGCAGCUUUUGAGGGUACUCCGUCACGAAUUGAAACAUUCACAUUUUUCUGCAGACCCCUAUAGGGUCCACUUAAGCUUUAGGGGCUCCGAAGUCAGAUCCUAAACCCCUAUAGGGACCACUUCGAUUUCACCUCUAGGGGGACCACUUUUUUGGCCCCUUUAUGGGUUGCAGUUUUUGUUUUUUUUUUUUGAAAUGUGUGAUUCAGAAUGAUGUUCGUGACUGAUUGGUCUUCUUCUGCUUUCAUCGCCGCCGCUGCGAUGGAUGGUCUUGAAGAGCAACCAACGAGUUUUACGUUAUCUAAUUUGCAGGAAGUAGUUUCAAGAAAAUCGUCACGGAGAGGAUAACCUGGCCAAACGCCAUCACACUCGACAUUUUCGCCAACAAACUAUACUGGGCCGACGCCUUUUUAGAUGUCGUCGAGUGGGAUUUCGGACACAUUUUUCUUGAUAUGGCAUUUUUCUGCAGAAUGGCGAACUUGGACGGGUCUGGGCGACGGACGAUAAUUUCGGAUGCUGGCUCAGUGCCGCAUAUUUUCGGGCUCGCAGUUGCCGAUGACAACUUGUACUGGACCGACUGGACCUACCGGUACGAGUUGGAGAAGUAAAUGAAAGAUGUUGGAAGAUUUUUUUUGUACUUUUUAAAAAAACUGAUACGAAACUUGAGAAAAUAUUGUAUUUCUAGUGGUCUUCUUCGUGCCAAUAAGCACACUGGCGAGAACAUCACGGUGCUGGCGCAGACAGCCCUCUUACCGUACUCGUUGAAGGUGUUCCAUAGAAGUCUGCAGCCCGAAGGUUUUAUCAAGAAUCCUCAAUCCUCUUGAACCCUCUACAGAACCCUCGGAGUGUGACCGACGUAGCUGCAGGCAGCUGUGCCUCCUCGGAACCAACGGCACUGCCAAAUGCGCCUGUGGCGAGGGAUUCGAACUGCAGGCGGAUCACAAGACCUGUGCAUCAAACUGUAGCGACAAGCAGAUCGAGUGUGGCGGUUCGGAUCCCAAGUACGCUUUUCUAUUCUGUUCAUACAGCUGAAUAUAGAUCGAUUGGUGUUAUAAAAUUAACUUAAUUUCCAAAUUCCGUCCAAUCUUAGGCAUCGAGCUUUUUCUGUUGAAUAAUUUCCAAUCUGCACAUUUAGUCUCUUUUUCGCGACUUAAAAGGGCGGAACUUCUCUGCGCCCUCCUCGUCUUUCGACGUCUCUCUUAUGUUUACGUGCUAUUUCCAUGUUUCUUUGACCUCGCCGGUGAGGGAACAGAGAGACGCAGACAUGCGAAAACUGUCAAGUCGCGGUGAACGCACUAUAUCGUCUUUAAAGUCAGGAUAAACAGACUAAAACCUCUUUUUUUUUAAAGUUUCAAAUUGAUUCUUUCUAACCUUUAAUUUGGAGGAGAUUGUCUAAUUUUUGGAGCAGAUUACAUGUUUUUAAUAAAUCAAAAUUUUGACUUUUAACUCCUUUCAAAUAGUGGCUUUGGCUCAAAAAUCUUUGAUACUACCAAAAUCUGAACGGAACCCUGUCGCAGAUGCAUCUCGAAGCUCUACUUGUGCGACGGACUCGCCCACUGCGCCAACCACGCCGACGAAGAGAACUGCCGUGAGUCGCGUCUGUCUCCGAUUUGCGAAUGCUGCAGCUUUCAGCCCCGCGAAUCUGUCUGCCCGGCCAGUUUCAAUGCCACGACAACAAGAAGUGCGUGCCUCCGGGGGGUCUCUGCGACGGCGUUUCCGACUGCUUCGACGCCUCCGACGAGCUCUUCUGUCCGCAGUCGCCGCCUCCGCGAACCUACUGA